AUGGAAUCUGCAAUUCUCUCGGAUUGCACCCAGGUGUUAACCGAUGGAAAAAAAUUCACAGCCCAUCGCAACAUCUUAGCGGCUCAUUCGCCGGUCUUUGCUGCCAUGUUCCAAAACGAGAUGAAAGAAAAAGCUACUGGUAUCUGCAAAGUAGACGAUGCCACAAGUGACGUGCUGGAUGUCCUCAUUCGCUACGCCUAUACCCAUGAGUUGACGUAUGACGAGAGUUCCCAGCUAUGUGCACGGAUGGACGAACUCUGGAUGGCAGCUGAUAAGUGCGACAUGAAAACCUUACGCUCGGCCUGCGAAGUCUGUAUGGCGGAAUGGAUGGAGCGAAGUAAUGCCUUACGAUAUCUGGUCUUCGCGCAAGAACACGGUAUCACACUGUUGUGA